AUGAGCGCCCAGCAAUACUACACACAGGACAAGCCCCAGCAGGGCUAUGUCCCCAUCGACCCCAACGCCGCCGGACAGCAACAGGGCGGCGCCGGCGGUGGCGGCGGCGGGCAGUACGCGAUGAACCAGUCGCAGCCCUACGCCGCUCCGUCGUAUCCUCCCCCCGCCGCUGGGCCGGAAAAGUACCAGACGCAAGACCCGGAAUACGGCGGCAGCGGCAAGUGGGGUGACACGGCGCCGUUCUCGCAGCAGACGGAGCAGACGGGACCGCGCUUCAGGUGGAAAGCGCGUCUCAACGACCCCAUCUUCCUCGUGCUCUUCGUCGGCAACCUUAUCGGAUGGGCCGUGGUGUCGGGCCUUGCCAUCAAGACAUUUGUGGAGCUCAACGGCCUCGGAGGCGGCGUUGGCGGCGCGACGCAGGGUGGAACGGGUACAUCGGUGACUCUUGACUAUCACACCGUCUACCUCCUUCUCAUGGUCUGCGCUCUUGCGGGCGUUAUUGCUGCAGUCUGGCUAGGAAUCGUCCGUGCUUUCACCAAGAUUAUCAUGGAGAUCACCCUCGCUUUGACUGUCCUCCUCAACAUUGCCAUCUGUAUCUACUACUUUAUCGUGAAGUAUUGGUCCGGGGCGGUCAUCUUCCUUGUCAUUGCCAUCAUUUCAGUCGUGUGCUACUGGUCCAUGCGCAAGCGUAUUCCUUUCUGUCGUCUCCUCUUGCAGACUACCAUGGAUGUCAGCAAGCAGCACCCAUCCGUCUAUGUUGUUGUGCUUCUCGGACUGGUGUUCCAGGCCGCGCUGAGCGUGUGGUACGCCUUUACUGUCGUCGCCAUCUACGUCAAAUGGACUCCGGGAAGCGAAUCCUGCGCCACGACCAGCUGCUCCAGCUCAACGGUUGCAGGCCUCAUCGUCUACUCGACGUUCUCCUUCUACUGGACCAGUCAGGUCGUCUCCAACAUUGUCCUCUGCACUCUCGCAGGCGGUAUCUAUGGCGGUUGGUACUACUACGGUGACCGCACGAGCGACGGACAAGGACUUCCAAAGAAUGCCACCGGCACUGCAUUCAUGCGCGCGUCGACCCUCUCGCUGGGAUCUAUCGCGUUCGGCUCGCUCAUUGUCACCAUUCUUGAGAUGCUCCAGACCCUCUUCCAGGCGAUCCAGAACGCCGAGGCCCAGCAAGGAGACAUGGUCGGACAGAUUUUGGCGUGUUGCGCCGUGUGCUGCAUUUCGUGCCUCCGUGGCAUCGUUCAGUGGUUUAACAAAUAUGCCUACAUUGAGAUUGCCCUUUACGGAAAGGCCUACAUCCCAGCUGCCAAGGACACAUGGAGGCUGCUCAAGGACCGCGGAAUCGACGCCCUCAUCAACGACAGCCUCGUCGGAUCAGUCAUCCUUUGGGGAUCGUACAUCAACGGCUUCCUGUGUGGUCUCUUUGGCUACCUCUACGUUCGAUUCACCGAUCCAUCCUACAAUUCGGAGGGACAGUACACUGCCCCCAUCAUCCUCUUCUCCUUCCUCAUCGGCAUCAACCUGUCGUUUACGAUCGGCUCGGCGCUCGACGCGGGCGUGUCGACCAUCUUUGUUGGCCUGGGUGAACACCCCAUGGUACUCGCUCAGCGUGCUCCGCAGCUGUUUGAAAUGAUCCGCCAGACGUACCCACGUGUCGUGCAAGGCGUACCCGGACACUAUUAG